ACUGCAUAAUCAUCAGCUACAUUAAUCAUGGAACAAAUAAUUGAAUCAAAAAAUGCAUCAGAAUUCGACUGCGAUUGGCUCCACGCCAUCCAAAACUAUCUCCUCAGCGACUCCGAUUUCCUCCUUGAUUUCGAAGUCAAUGCAUCCCCGCUCAGCGACGACGACGUUUCUCAAAUGGUCGAAGAGCUUCUGUGCGACGACAGCGCCGGAGAUGUCGCCGCUCCUCCUCCUCCUCAGCGGCCGGCGGUGGAGUGGAAGCGGUACAAAGGCGUGAGGCGGCGGCCGUGGGGGAAGUUCGCGGCGGAGAUAAGGAAUCCGGAGAAGAAGGGUUCGAGGCUGUGGCUGGGGACGUACGAGACGCCGGAGGAGGCUGCCGUGGCUUACGAUCGAGCCGCGUUCAGGAUGCGCGGCUCGCGGGCCCGGGUCAACUUCCCGCACCUUAUCGGGUCGGGCAUUCCCGACCCGACCCGAGUCACUAAGAGGAAAAACACUGAUUUUAAUAAUGCGUCGCGGAAAAAGAUCAAUUGUGUAUAAUCGGAUUAGGGUUUUGCUUAAUUUAGUGUUAAUUCGCUUAAUUCGGUCUUGAAUCGCUUGAAAAAUGUUGCAUACCAAAAAAUUCACACAAUAAACAAUCAUUUGUUCAAUACAUGAACAAUUUUCAGUACUAGUUCAAUUAUUAGUGAACUUUCGCAUAUUUGGAGUGACAAAAAUAUA